CGGGAAGAAAUACAAAACUAAUAGUGAUAUUAGUUACAUGUGGAGUUGUUUUAGCAGGCCUUAUAAUCAUGGGAGUAAUACGUUGGACAACACGACGAAAGAGGGCAGCAUUAAAGAAGGGUAACAGUGAAGAUCUGGAAUUACCAUUAUUCAAGUUUGCAACUAUUAUGGCUGCAACUGAAGGUUUUUCGUUGGAUAACUUGAUUGGAGAAGGAGGUUUUGGCCCUGUUUACAAGGGGAACUUGUCUGCUGGAGAAGAAAUUGCCGUCAAAAGAUUGUCAACAACUUCAGAGCAAGGCAUCAAAGAAUUCAAGAAUGAAGUAAUCCUGAUAGCCAAACUUCAACACAGGAACCUCGUCAAACUUUUGGGAUGCUGCAUUGAAGGAGAGGAAAGAAUGCUCAUCUAUGAAUACCUGCAGAAUAAAAGCCUCAACUAUUUUGUUUUUGAUCAAAAUGGAAGGACAGUUUUGACAUGGCCUAAGCGCUUUGACAUAAUCAUGGGAAUCGCAAGGGGACUGCUAUAUCUCCAUCAGGACUCCAGAUUAAAGAUUAUCCAUAGGGAUCUAAAGACGAGCAAUAUUCUAUUAGAUGGAGAUUUGAAUCCGAAAAUCUCAGACUUCGGGUUAGCAAGAAUUUUUGGAGAGGGACAAUCUAUUGCUACCACAAGAAGAGUUGUUGGGACAUAUGGCUAUAUGGCUCCAGAAUACGCUAUUGAUGGGAAGUAUUCUGUGAAAUCUGACAUGUUUGCCUUGGGAGUGAUAUUGUUAGAGAUUGUGAGUGGAAAGAAGAACAGAGGCUUCGACCACGGCGAUCACUAUCAUAGCCUAUUGGGCCAUACAUGGUUGCUGUGGAAGGAAAACAACAUUGUGGAGCUAAUGGAUGAAUGUUUGAGCAAUACAUUUAUCGAAUCUCAAGUGAGGAGAUGCAUACACGUGGGGUUAUUGUGUGUGCAAAAAUUUGCAGAAGAUAGACCAGCUAUCUCAUCAGUGGUUUCCAUGUUAGGAAAUGAUAGAGCAAUAAUAGCAGAACCCAAGGAACCUGGAUUUUUCAUUGAAAGGAGUCUGAGUCCGAGCUGCAGAACAAGUACAUGUCAAGAAACACUCACCGUCACUGAGUUGGAAGCCAGAUGAGUUGGUAUCACUAGGGGUGUAAUCGAACCGAGCCAAAUCGAAUAGUGGUGUGCUCAAGUUUGGUUUGUUUAGUAUCGAAUCGAAUCCCGAACUUUACUUACCGAAUACUUUGAGGCUCACGAGCCUAA